CGGAACUGAUGUCCUCAAGUCUGCACGAACAUCCUACAAAGACUGAAGGAAGUGUGGAUUGCUCCGUAAACAUCAUUCAAUACGUUUGUUUUCUAUAUUCGUAUGUGCGUUUGUGUUUUUCCCACCGAAAUAUCCGCGCGGUCUCUCGGGGUUGGUGGGUUUUAGUCUGUGACCGUGUCUUUGGUUUCUGGAGCGCAUUGUAGAGCCCAGAGGAGAAGAUGUCUACAGAGGAGGCGGAUAAAACCACCACCGCUGAUGCGAGUGCAGGAGACGAGGAGGAGGAAUGGCUGUACGGGGAUGAAGGUGAAAGUAAAGAAACUGAAGAAGAGGAGGCCAAACUGACAGCAGCCAUCAGUGCGACCUCUGCUCCUCCUGUUAACGAAGAGGUCACCGCGACCACAAACGACACCACUACCACCACCAUCACCACUACUACUGGAAAUGGUGUGGCCAGUCAGGAGGAAGCACCUGGAGAAGAUGAAGACAGUGACAGCGAUAGUGAUGAUGACGAUGAUGAUGUCCGCGUCACCAUUGGCGAUAUAAAAACAGGAGCGCCACAGUACGCGGCAUAUGGGGGAACUCCAGUGAAUCUAAACAUAAAGUCAGCUGGCAGCAGAGCAUAUGGAGCAGGUUCUAAAGUGAAGGGCAUAGACCUCGAAGCUCCAGGCAGCAUCAAUGGAGUUCCAGUCCUGGAAGUGGACAUGGAGUCCUUUGAGGAGAAACCAUGGAGGAAGCCAGGUGCGGACUUGUCUGACUAUUUUAACUAUGGUUUUAAUGAGGACACGUGGAAAGCGUAUUGUGAAAAGCAGAAGAGGUUACGCAUGGGCCUUGACAUUCUCAACAUUGGAUCCACCACCAGCAAGAUCUCAGUUCAGCAGGGUCGCACAGGUAACAGUGAGAAGGAGAUCACAGUUGCAGCUCAUGCAGCUAAAGCAGACUUUUCCUCUCCAUCUAACCUGUAUAAAGCAGGUCUCAACCCAGCGAGGAUAUCCCCUCCACAGUGGGCAGGGCCUGCCUCUCAAGAAAUGUCCUAUUAUACGAAGACGCCCGGGACCAUAGAUGUGAUUGGCGGACAGACUGCUACCAUUAGCAGGGUGGAAGGACGACGUCGACACAAUCUGGAGGGGAAUAACAUCCAGGUGAUCUCGGAACAUCCCAGCUCUGAGGCUGAACCCGCCAAGAUGCCUCCUCCUUUCUUUCCCCCAGGACCACUGCCUCCAAACAUCCCACCUCCUCCAUUCCUCCCUCCUCCUGUCAGUCAGGCUCCACCUCUGAUCCCACCUCCACGGAUGCCAAUCACUGUUCCUCCACCCAGUAAAUUUUCCCCUCCUACUGGAGGACCUCCUCCUUCACUUAUCCCUACUAUGGACAACAGUGGGCACCCAGGAGGAUAUGAUGGACGUCCUGUUCCUCCAUACCCUUUUCCUACAGGUGGGUUUCCUCCACCCAUGCAAGGAGCUGUUAACCCCUGGCCUGGUUUGAUGGACAACCCUAAACAGUGGGACUACUACCCUCGGCGAGAAAAAGAGAGGGAAAAAGAGCGAGAGAGAGAGAGGCCGAGGGAAAGGGGCCAUGAGAGAGACCAUAGUCCCUCCGCUGUGGCAUAUAACAGUGAUGAGGAACGGUAUCGGUCUUACCGUGAUUACGGAGACAGAGGGUAUGAGAGGCAUCGGGAGCGAUCGAGCCGUGAGAAGGAAGAGCGUCACAGGGAGAGGAGACACCGAGAGAAAGAGGAAGGGAGGCACAAGUCAUCACGGAGCAGUAGCAGACGGAGACAUGACAGCGAGGAGGGCGACAGUCACCGGCGCCACAAGCACAAGAAGUCCAAGAGGAGCAAAGAGGGCAAGGAGCCCAGCGAGGAGCGUUCUGCUGACCAGGAGAACCAGGAGGCCAUGGAGUAACUCCUGUCUGUCAUCAGAGCAUUGAUUGUCAAGCAAAUCAUGCUAUAUGAAAUUAUAAUCCAGUUUACCUUCCCUUGGUUUUCAUGUUUCCCUUUGUUGUUUUGCUGUUUUUUUUCCAGUGCAGUUGUACCAUGUAGAUGUUGAUUUGUUGGAUUAAAAAAAGAAGCAUUUGGUAAUGUUUGUUGUGUCUUUUCAUAUCUUGUAAAUUAGCUGUUUUUCACAUAUUGUGAGCAAUGUACACAGUUUUUUAAAAUGGUUUUACAAAAAGUCUUUUACACUCAACAUGCCUGCAUUUAUUUUAUCAAAUAAACAAAUAAAUGCUGUAAGAUUGUGAAAUAUUAUUACAAAUUAAAAUAGCUGUUUUUUAUUUGAAUAUAUUUUAAAAUUUGCGUCAUACCUGUGUUUGCAAAGCUGAAUUUUCAUCAGCCAUUACUCCAGUCUUCAGUGUCACAUGAUCCUUCAGAAAUCAUUCUGAUAAUGCUGAAUUGGUGGUCAUGAAACAUUUCCUAUUACUAUUAUUUUUUUAAAAUGCAUAAUAUUUUUGUGGACGUGAUGCUUUUUUUUUUUAGAAUUUAUUGAUAAAGUUCAGCAAUUAUUUUUGAUUUACUGUCACUUUUGAUCAAUUUACUGCAUUCUUGCUGAAUAAAGUGUUCAGUUUUC